AUGUCAUCGCACUCACACCAUCCUUCGCCUCCGGCCUCUCCCGGCUCUGGCUCUGGCUCUGGCUCUGGCUCCGGCUCUGGCUCCGGCUCUGGCUCUGGCUCCGGCCUUGGUCACAACCCAGCCCCGAACGGAUGGAAAAUCUGCGAGGCCAAAUCGAUGCGCUCGCCUGGAUACCCCUCCCCACCUGCCUCUCCUCCUCACGUCAUUCAAGACCAAGCCGCGACACACUCCUUCCGAAAUGUCUCUGGCUCUAGUUCUGCCCUGCCUGUUUCGGUCACUCGUUCUGCCUCCAACUCCUCUCGCCACGUUUACGCUCCUCAAUCUGCUUCGGCCUAUACCAGUAUGACUAGUGCAGGCGCUGCCAUGCAGCACGCCUUCAGUGCUAUGCAGCCACCACCCCUUGCCUCUGAUGCCUCUGAUGCCUCCAAUGCCUCCGCCUCCACCUCGACACCUUACCCUCCCCAACAUCCUCCAAGCAAGCUCGCUACCGGCGGACAGUCACACUCUCACCGACCAGUCUCGGCCAUGCCUACCCCGACCGAACACCACUCCAGCUCUGCUACGCGCAAUGCCGCUCAAGCUGGUCCAGGAGCCGCCUCCAAUGUCUUUGCAAGCAUGAACGCCAACUACACCGAGCGAAGAGCCAGUGCUCACCCAACUAUGACAAGCAGUCACAACCCAUCAUCGCCAGCCACUCCUGCUACCAUCGACCCUACUACCAGUCAGGCAAUCUCUUCAGGCAUUCCCAUCACUUCUCCCGCUGCCCUCUCUUACUUUGCCGCUCACCCGCGUCGACAGCAAGUUCACUUUGGCAACUACCUCUUGCUUCAAACCCUCGGUGAGGGCGAGUUUGGCAAAGUCAAGCUCGGUGUUCACAAGGAAUGGGGUGAGGAAGUUGCCGUCAAGCUCAUCAAGCGCGACAAGGUCGCCACCGACGCUGCUCCUCUCAACCUCGACGACACUCGCAACAAGGAUCCCGCCAAGAUGUCCAAGGUCGAACGCGAGGUCCAGGUUCUCAAGGAUGUUCGCCAUCCCAACAUUGUGCGUCUCUACGAAGUCAUCGAAUCGGACCGUUACAUUGGUAUCGUGCUCGAGUAUGCUUCAGGAGGCGAGCUCUUUGAUCACAUUCUCGCCCACAAGUAUCUCAAGCAAGAGCACGCUUGUCGUCUCUUUGCUCAGCUCAUCUCCGGUGUCUCGUACCUUCAUCACAAAAAAAUCGUCCAUCGCGAUCUCAAGCUCGAGAAUCUCUUGCUCGAUCGCAACCGCAACGUCAUCAUUACCGAUUUCGGCUUUGCCAACAACUUUGAGGACCGACGCGACGACCUCAUGGCCACCAGCUGUGGUUCCCCAUGCUAUGCUGCCCCCGAGCUUGUCGUCCAAGACGGUCUCUACGCUGGUUCCGCCGUCGAUGUCUGGUCCUGUGGUGUCAUUCUCUAUGCAAUGCUUGCCGGCUACCUCCCCUUCGACGAUGACCCGGCCAACCCAGACGGUGACAACAUCAACCUGCUCUACAAAUACAUUCUAGCUACUCCACUCUCCUUCCCCGAGUACAUCACUGCCCAACCGCGCGAUUUGCUUUCCAAGAUGCUCGUACCCGAUCCCACACGCCGUGCUACCCUCGAGCAAGUCAUGCAGCACAGCUGGCUCCGCAACUACCGCGAGCUCUUCAAGUUCUCCGUCGAGGAUCUCGAACGUGCCGCCAUGGAGCAGCAGACCAAGAAGCGUCAGAUGUACCGCCAGCAGAUGAUAUAUCAGCAACAGCUCCAGGAGCAGCAGCGUCGCCAGCACAUCGAACGCAGCCAGUCGGUUCGCCAGAAUCUCUCGCCCCUCCCUGUCGGAACUGCCUACACAUCCAACACUGCUGUACCUGCUGCUUCUGUUGCUUCUGCUGCUUCUUCUGCCCAUCGUCAGACACUUCCAGUCAGUGCCACUGUGCCCGACCGUCUCUACGAGCCUGUCGGCAGUGCCAGUCGUGGUGCCGAACCUGGCGUGACUGCCUCGCGCAUCAGCGUGCCUACUGUCCCUGCUCCAGCUCCCGUUCAGCCCGCCACUCCAGCCUCUGUGCCUCGCGCCACUACGCACAGCAACAUUGUCACUGCUGGUGUCGCAUCGCACAUGGAUCCUGUCACGGCACUUGGCAACGCACGUGGCGAGCCACGCACUCGUCUCGACGACCAUGUUCCUCAGCCGGCUAAUGCUGCUGCUAAUGCUGCUAAUGCUGCUGCUAAUGCUGCUAAUGCUGCUGCUAAUGCUGCUGAGCAGCGUCGACCUGCCACUCAGAAGGGGCAGCGUCACACCAUCCAGCUCGAGUAUGGUGGAGACGAGCGUGCUCGCAAAGAGUCGGCAUCAACGGUCGUCGCAUCUCCUCCUGCCUCCCACCAGACUUGGCAGUCGCACCGCAAAGUUAGCCAGGGCAGCACCACUUUGAUUUCGAGGGCUUCCGAGAACGGACGUGCCAAAGCUGCCUCCGAGAAGCUCGCUGCUGCCGCUGUUUCACCUUUGGUGCUUCAGCCAGCACCUGCCAAGGCCAUCGAUGCUGUGCCUGCCGUCGUUCCCGAGAGCGACAAGGUCACUGAGAACAAGGCCGAAGCUCAGGUUGGUGCUGCUGCUGCUGCUGCUGCUGCCGCUGCCCCGGACAUGAUGCGCUCGGUCUCGGCCACCUCUGCAUCGCGCGUGUCGGUUCCUUCGCCCGUCAUGGAGCAGAAUCAAACCAACGGUUCGGCUUUCAACCGCAUUCCAUCUGCCUCCUCGUCCUCGUACGCCAGGAACCGUGUGCCAAGCUCUGCUAGCGCCAGCAGCCGCACCAGGAUGGAGAAUGGCAGCAGCAGUGCUGACAAGCCAGCUCACAUCCCUACAAGUGCCACCAACAGUCAGCGCAUCGUCUCAAACCCACUCCCUGCAGGCGAGGCUGUUGGCUUCCCCUCGGCAACCAGCACCACCGCCAACAACAACGAUCGCACUGUCUCGAGCCAAGGUGUUACAACACUUACCAGCGCUUCUCGCCAGGGCAGCAUUGCCGCUGAUGCUCCAGCUGCAUCUAAUGCAAGCCGUCCUCCCUCCGCCGCUCGACCUGUCACAGGCGACCAGGCUGCAGCUUCCGCCUCACGCCACCGCAAGGGCAUGUCGACUGACAAAUUCUUCCUGUCGCGCCUCUUGGGCUCGAAUGGUACCAGCCAGGCCAACGGUACUGGCGCAGCAGGAGCCGAGCCGCCUGCUUCCAACGGUGCAGAGGCCAAUGCAGAGAAGAGCAGCAAGAGGAACAGCGUCACCCGACCUGCCAUCGAUCGCGCACCCAGCUCUGGCGGCGCUAGCAAGAACAGCCGACGCAAGGCCAUGAGUCUGGUUGUCGGACGCCAGAACGAGACCUCGCCGGCCGCUGCAGAUCGUCGACGCGCUUUAGAAGGUGGUGUUCCUCUCCCGCAGUCAGCCACUGAAGCUUUGUUCCCUACAUCGCUGACUUGCUCGUCGCGCAGGAAGGAAGCCCCUUCCACUGCUUCUCAGCACCGCACAGCCGCAGCGUCCAAGUCGAGGAACGAUUCGAGCAGCCUGGCUGGUCCAGGCAGCAAUGUUUCGACUUCACGACCUGUGUCCAGCGGCACUCGUCAACAGCAGCAGCAAGAUAAGACCUUCUACGACGGUUCUACCAUCGCCAGCACUUCAACUGCAGGUCCAUCGAGCAAUGCCGCCAAAAAGGUCAUGGACUGGUUCCGCAAGAAGAGUCUUUCGCGUGGAGGUACCUUCAACGAGCAGCCUCCUCUGGGACCUUUUGAGCGUUCGCCCACCUCAUCGCAGAUCAGUGCUCAUUCGCCUACGGCUCCUCUGACGCCCUCGGUGAUUGUCACUGGUGCUGCUGCCGCCAACGGAGCUAGUCGACAUGCUGAAGCCAACACGGGUAGCGGUGAGGGUAUCAGCGGUGCUUCGUCUGUGCCCUCUUCGCGAUCGGCUUCGGGUACGCAUAGCGAGAACAGCGAGGCGACCGAGUUGACCAACAUCACCAAAGUCAGUGAUGCUUGGCACACGUCGCACACCGAGAGCCAAGGUCUCAAGUCGAGCGCUUCGACUGUCCAGCAGCAGGCUACGCCCAAGGCUUCGCUUUCGGCUGUCUCCAAUGUCUCGAACGUGUCUGGAGGUGAAAGCUCCUUGCAGCAACAAUCUCGAGACUCUCCUGCUGUAGCAUCAACCAAGGCUGCAGCUGUCCCCUUCAACGAAGCUCGAUUGCGAUACCAUCUCGGCGCAGUCGACCAAUCCGCCCUUACCUCACGCUCACCCAUCGAAGUCCUCAAAGAAGUUCAUCGCGUACUAUACGAAAUGGGAAUCGACAUCCGUAAAGAAAAGGACGAAGAUUUCAAACUCGAAUGCAUUCGUCGCAAACGUGCAAAAACGCUCAUGUCUGCCACUCACACCAUCGGCAUGAGCAUUCGAUCCUCGGUCUUCCCGCCCACUCAAGCUGACGUCGAACGUUGUUCCCGUAUGUCUCAUCGCGAUUCCCUCACUCCUUCGGUUAGCACUCCUGGUGGAGGCUCGUUGAGAAGCUUGCUCCGUAGAGGAUCGUAUCAACCCGGUAUUGGUUUGCCCACCUCAUCUACCGUUGCGAGUAAUAUGGUUUCUUUGCAGCAGGAUGAGAAUCAGCCUUCACCCCUUUACGGAGAUGCAUCAGUAGAUGGAGGUCAAGAGAUUAGGUUCUCGGUCGAAGUGACAAGGAUUAAGAAUCUUGCUGGACUCUAUAGUUUGGAUAUUAGAAGGAUGAAGGGCAAUUUGUGGGCUUAUAAGUUUGUUUAUCAGGCUCUGUUGGAUCGGUGUCAGUUGGCUGCUUAA